AUGACUGCACGACUCCUUCGGGAAGGAGAAGGUCACACGGACGCACAAUCGUUUGACUUUUCGAGGGGCUUCAUUCGAGAGCUGCGCAUCCACAUUCCAUGGACACAGAUCCUGUCGCAGCCCAUCGAGAUCAAGCUGUACACGGUAGAGUUGAUCCUCAGGUUGAAACACAUAGCAUUGUCGGUCGGUUUGACCUUUACCGAUACAUAG